AGUUCACAUAAACAGUCAUUAUUUUCAGUUUGAGAGAUCAUCCCGGGCUUUGCCCCGUCUGCUGUAGCUGAGAUGUCCCUGGAGGACAUAGAACAACAAGACUAUGAUGUUUCUGACACUGAGAGAGUCAGAGCCUUGUCCCAGUCUCUAGACCUGCCUGUCUGUGUGAUGGAUGACCACCUGACCUCUGAAGCUGUCAAUGAGAUGGAGCAGAGCAAUUCUACCAGGAGCAGAGCAACCUCAGUGAUGGAAACCACAGAAGAGGGGAAGCUCAACAAUGUGGAACAUCUGACACUUAUGGACUUCCUUCAAAACCUAACUGAGAAGCAAUGGAGGGGGAUUCGUGAGGGCAUGUUUGACCCGCUGACAAAACAACAGCUUGCCGGCUUGUGUCUGAGGAUUGUCCAGUUUUUAUCGGACAAGCUGAUGCAGAUCAUCAUCCCAGGUCUUUACGAACUACUGGGCAUCCAAGAUGCUACCUCCUCUCCAUUGUCACAGAGAUCUCGCACAGCGUCACUCACCAGUCUGUUAGACGAUAAGACUAACACCAAGUCCCGCGUGAGAUUUACUGAGGCUGGUGUACCUAAGAGGCCAUGCAGUCGAAAGUCUUACAAUAGCUUUCGCAUCCCGACUCCCUACCCUUCCGCCAACUGUAUGGAUCAGGAAGAGGAAGAAGAGCAGGAAUCACAACUUAAGUUCAAGGAGAUUUACCUGACUAAGGGCAGUGGAAGCUACCUGCCCAAGGGGGCCAUGAGGUAUGUUCUUAAAGGGAAAUUUAACAACUUCAUAUUCAUCUCUAGCAUCACCAUAUUCAAUGAGGUUUCCGUAUCUGCUCCACACAGAGUGGACAAGUAA